AUGUCAGAACCUAGAGACCAGCCUGGUCCUCCUCACAGGGCUAGGAAUCUCAGGAAUAACAAUCACAACCAGAAAAGAGAAAAGAAGCCACCGUUGACGCAUUUCCUCUGCUUCCCUCUCGUCAAUGAUGUUUCUCUGCCUCAACUGGAAUCGUCCAUUGCCACAUUCAAGGCAGCAAUUCCGUCUCGUCUCCGGACAGAAAACGACCAUCCUCUGAAACCCACUCCGCCGCUUAUUCCUGAUGGAGCUGUCAGGCCAGUUGGGACGCUCCAUCUGACGCUGGGAGUAAUGAGUCUGCCGACCAAAGAGCGCCUGGACGAAGCGAUCAACCUGCUGCAGUCUUUGGAUCUGGUUUCGAUUGCGCGAGAGGCAGAAGCUCGCGCGAAGUCAAUGCAGAAUCGAGCUAGAGCUUUAUUGGAGACGCCAUUGAAUCCAGACUUUGUUGAUUCGGAGCCGCCAGCGACGGCUGAGGCGCGGGAAGGUCUCCUCCCUACGGCAUCUGAGCAAUUGGCUACUGGUACAGAUCUCGUCCGUCCUGUGACUCCUGAUUCGCCUGAACCUUUGAUUGUGUCUCUUGAAUCUAUGCAUGCACUCCCACGUGCCCGCUCUGCUACUGUUUUGUAUGCGGCCCCGGUGGACCCUACAUCUCGUCUCUAUCCCUUCAGCGUGCUGUUGCGCGAGAAAUUCCUAGAGGCUGGUUUCCUAGAGGGAGAAUACAAAAAGCCAGCAGCAUCAGAAAAUCAGGGAUCGCAGAAGGCCGAAGGAAACAGUGAGGGUUUGCAGCAGGUGGAAUCUAGCUCCCGCCCAGAAGCUGAAGCAACACUCCAGCAAUCACUUCUAGAGGAGGUUCCGACAGGAAUCGCAGAAGACCCAACAUCCGGUCCCUCCAGCUCUAAAAUUAAACUGAAGGAAAAGAAGCCAAAAGCAAGACCACUUCUCCUCCACGCUACCAUCGUAAAUACAAUCUAUGCCGGACGCGGACGUCGUCGCGACGGUGGACCCAAAAACGGCACUUAUACCUUCGAUGCGCGAGACAUCCUCGCGCAUUACCGAGACUAUUAUAUUGAUACAGACAGAACGCAGCCUCGUUCAACAAUAAUCGCUACCGGUAUCUCCGAGGAUCAAUUAUCCGCAGAGAGCAAUUCUGAUGCUGAGGGAGGUAAAGACGAGGGAAACAGGCCACCGGAGAAGAAACAGAAGCAAAUGCAAAACAAACGACCCGGAGCAGAUGAUAGCACAAAGAUCCCUUUCCUUUGGGCCCGAGACAUCCCAAUCGACAAGGUCUGCAUCUGCGAAAUGGGCGCGAAGAAGCUGGACGCAAGCAAUGGCGAUCCAAAUGCCGAGCGGCUCAGUCAAGCUUAUAAGGUCAUUGCGGAAAGAAGUCUUGGUUUUCACGGUCCACGUAAUGCCAUACAUACGUCCGCGGACGAGGAUACGAACAGUGUGGAUGGCGGUGUUGCCGUCAACGCUUCAUGA